ACUUCUCUAAAAGCCGCGUGGACCUCGCGAGAGCCGCACCGACCUUUUUGGCAGGCCUUCUCUUCAUUUCGUGGGACUUUGGCGCAUCCGGGCUGACCCGGUCCACGGACAAGCUGAUACUCCCUCCUUUCUCUGAAUUUGUGUUUCAUGGAGUCUUUGUGGAAGUCAUUGAUUGUCAACACAGCAGCGAGGUCUGGAGCCAAAUCAUUGCAGCAUCAUCAUAAAAAAGUGACUACAUGAUGAGCAGCCAGUCGAUGCACACCGUCAUUGACCCGGUGUUUCGGUGCAAGAUGCCAUUAUUCGACGGGACCCUAGGAUCCGCAGGACUGACGAAACCACAAAAUAUGUCUGGUUUCCUGGGUAAGCCGACACUGCAGUACAGCGGGGCCUACUUCACUUAUGAUCCCAGAGGAAAGGACGGAGUGAGAUUAACUCCUCCUUGGAGCAACUCAAAGACCUCCCUGCUGGAUGGCAGAAGUCCUGUGAGUCACCUCUCUGGCAUGGAGGGACCAAACCGCAUCAUUUACAGGCAAGACAGCAAUUCUUCAGAGGAAGGCCAUUCUUCAUCUUUGCACCACGCCCCGGCUAAACCGUCCUUUACGUUAUACACUAAAAGCCCUGGAAUCAGCAGUCCUGCUGCAUCGGCGGCUGUCGGAAAACAAAAAAACAGACGUGAGAAUUCAUCUCCCCUGUCUGAAAACUCUGUUUACUUAGCGAUUCCUAAGCCGGUUUAUGUGCAUAACCCUUGUUGCAAUGAACUGGGCUGUAUGUUAGGACGAUACAGUGUGGAACACAGCUCUCCGAGGAUACCAAACACUGUGUAUGAGCAUGACUGGUUGCAAAAUGAUGCUCACUACACUGAGAGACCGCCCAUGCAGAGGAAAACACAAGACACACUGCUGCAACAGAAAGGCUUACAGUUUGAGCCCAGCGCAGAGCCGCUAAAGAGGACUGUGGAGACGUACAGCCCAAGCAGAGCGAGGACUUUUUCUGCUAUGAUUGACCCAAACUACAGCAGCUACCCCUGCACCCCGACUCACACACUGUUUGGUGCUCUGAGUGAACAGAACCAGCGUUUACAGACUUCCCCCAGAGGCUACCCCGGUUUAUACUCCUCCCAUCCCACAUAUGAGCAUAUGACCUCAGAGGUUUAUCAGGAACAUUCUCCCAUGUCCAAAUAUGGCCAUCUAACACAGCACCCGAUGUUUUACUACCCCCAGGCGAAUGUGGAGGUAGAAAACAGGACACAGUGUAAAGAUAUUGGCAGCAAGCAGAGAGAAGAUGUGCCUGUUAUUCUAAAACACACAAUCUCAAACCCCCGGGAGCAUUAUAUAGUGCCUCAGUCGCUUCAUGGGGAAAUUCCUUUGCAUAGCUCUGAAUCAUUGCCAAAUCAUCCUUUGAUGAGAGGUUUUGACUACGCAUAUUACGCAGUUCCAAGAUUUCAUUUAAAUGCAAGCCAAAUCAGAGCCCCCCUUAAACAUGCAUCGCCCAGCUUGCACUCUAAUCGCAUAAAUGUGUCCCCAUCCAGCCAAUUCAAAGAGCACCCCAUGGCCUCUACAAUCAGCUUACAAAAGGACAAACAAAACCCCAGCCUCCGUGUCAGCUCACCACUCCUACAUGUGGACAAAACCAGUCCUACCAGACAUAUAAGCCAGUCUGGCGUCUCACCAUCCAGCAUACAAAUCAACAGAUUUUUUCCCCCACUCACCAGCCCGCACAGAGACCAACCCAUCCUUUCACCAACUGGGAUGAGCAUGGACAGAAUCUUUCAGAAUCAUUCCUCCUAUGAAGCCCAGACUGCGUGUCUCAAACAGCCAAAAAGCCUCCCUGUGUCCCCAGGUGCAUGGCUGUCGCAGUCCCUGCAUCACAGUUCAGGUCGAAUCCAUGAAUCUAACCGAAAAGCUAUUUAUUCCCCUGCUGUUGCACCAGGAGACAAACACACUGCCCCUAUGUCCAAUUCAGGUGCCACUAUUCUCAGAGGGUGCCUGAAGAGAAGUAUGUCUCACUCAUCUUCACCCAUCAAAAUAAAAGACGAGGACAGGGAUCUAUGUGAAGUGGCGCUUGUUAAGAAGCGACACAAGGUCGAAAUUGAGAAAGACAAAUUAAAAAAUAAAACAGACUCUCCUCCUAUGCCAGUUAUUGACACCGUCUUCAGUCUGGCGCCUUACCAAGCAUACCUGCAGGCCUCUGGAGUCUUAUUUCCAGGCAGAGUACCUCAGAAGACCGUCCACGCAUCUGAGCAAGUGAAAACCAAGCCGGACAUCAGAGACCAAAGGCCACAGCAAGAUGAACAGCAACCUGUUUUCUAUCAAGUUCCCAAAAAAAUCUGUGGAGAUACUCCACUAGGGAAGCCUUUUGUAGAAAUGCUUGAACCUAAAAAUAUCAAAGUGGAAAAAGUAGGUCCUUCAGACAAGCCUGCAGAGAUUCCUCUCGAUCAGAGCAGCAAAAUAACAAUCAAAAAAGAGCCCGAAGAGAGUGGCUCAUCCCACAGCGGGCCCAUGUUUGUGAUAAAGAAAUGCGAACCUGAUGAAUUUGAAUGUAAACCCUCAUUAGCAGAUGAAAAGGAGACUUCACGUGAGUGCAAACCUGUUGAGGUGAUUGCACAGAUGAAUGAUAAAUGCACACUGAACAACCAGGGGGUCACCCUGCAACCCAAAUCCAUUUCUCCACCACCUGAGAGCAAAUUCAAAAACAUUCCUCCGCAUUGUCUGAAACUUUCCAGCUUCAGUUUAAUUAUCUGUGACCCAAAGCACUCUGCUCCAUCUGCAGAGAGGCCACCUGCAACGCCCGUAACUGAAGUUAUCCCAAAUCUAGAGCAGCAAAUUCCAGUCCGCAAGCACUUCCUCGAGUUGCACCAAUCCCUCUGCAAGCUAGUGUCCAACUUUGUGUCUACUUCUGCCGAGCAGGAGCUCAGAGCGUGGUUGUCUCAGUUUGAACUGUCCGAACCAGCAUCUCCUUCAAUCAAAGUCCAGAGAGUGUCGUGUUUGUUGGGGGUAAAAGCCAGAGAGGUGUGGCUCAAUGAGGAGAUGAAGUCGGCGCUCCAGAAGGUGCUGGAGAGGUUGAGAGAGUACACCACUCAGGAGCGCUGUCCUUUUCCACACGUCAUGCGGACGGGGGCGGUGUUCCUCCCCAUGCUGGUGGUGAAGGAGCUGCUGUUUCCGACGGUGCAGGGCAGCUUCAUUGACCAGGUGCUGCAGGAGCACAGGGUGGAGCUGCGGCCCACCACGCUCUCCGAAGAAAAGAUCCUCAUCCAGCUUCAUAAACGAGCCUGCUCCUCCAGGCUCAGGAAACUGAUGUCCCUCAAACAUCUGCCCGACAUCUAUGCUGACGUGGUCAACCUUUUUUAUCAUGCCUGUGUCUGCAAACGUUUGGGAUUAGAUUUGGAUGAUCCCGCUGACAGAGAAAAAGAAGGAGGUUCUGAGGAGACCACCAGCUGCAGGACUCCUGCAUUUUCAGACAUGGCAGCCUCAGAGCCACACCCACAGAGGCAUCCGACGGACCGGGAAACCAAAUCGAAUUUAAGCAGGAAUAGAACAACAAGCAGGGUGAAGAGCAGCUCCAGGCGCAUGUUUCUGGAUGACAGUUUGUCAGAAGAGGAAGAGGCAGAUGACACAGAGAAUACCGAAAGUGGCGGCGAGCUGAUUGCACUUAGCGAGGAAAACUGGAGUGGACGUCAGACUGAAGGGACGGAUCACACGGACAGUGACCACAUGGUCGCAGAGCAGGAUUCUUUGCUCAUUCCAAUCGCUUCUGAGAAUUCAUGGAUGUGCCCUUUAACCUUGGACAAGCUUUCUCCAUCUCCCUCCCACACAGAAACAGAGGAGAACUCCAGUCUGCAGCCUGUUGGAGCCGAGUCUCCGGUUAGACCCAAAAGCUGUUCAGGGGUGAUUCUCAAACUGAGGAGGAUGUUUAGUAAAGGACUAAACAGAAAUAAGGCCCUCUACCAAGCAAUCUCAGACUCAGGGACAUUUGCUGGUUCGUCCCUCUCAAAGACUGAAGAUGGGGAGGAAGAAGAGAGCAGCCGACGGGAGCGACACAGGCCCAAAAUCACCCACAGGUGGCAGAGAACAGGAAGCUUCUCUCACGCUUUAAGACCCCUCCACAGCAAAAGGAAACACAAAUCGCUCUUAAAGAUCAAAUACUGCCCCUACCUGUCCGCCUGCCACAGCGCAGAACACAGGAGGCGAUGGGUGCUGCGUUCGGCCGUUCAGAGGGCUCGGGGGGCCAUGAGGUUGUACUACCCAGACUUGGUGGGGAAGAGGAUUCGCCAUCUGUAUGAAGAAGAUGACAAAUCAGAAGUGUGGUACAGAGGGGAAGUGCUGCGUAUCCACGAGGCACACGCCAACCCUCUAAAGACUAUAUUUGAGGUCAGGUAUGACAGUGAGCCAGAGUGGAAGUACUACCUAGAGCUACUGAUAGAUUAUGAAAAAGGCUGGCUUAAAAUUGAAGACUAGUUGCCCCACACAAAGGUUUUGCUUUUGGUCACAUCAUUUUUUUUUAACUCACCAACAACAGGCUGACAAGCUCUAAAUGUGCGCCCGGCCUCCUCAGGAAUGAAGUUGGACGGGAUAUUUUCUUUUUUUGUAAUGAGGUCAGCUAAACCUUCUUUGACACUUGAGAGCGAUAGGAUGCAUUAAUAGGGACGGACUAUAGCCAAUGUGCUACAUCCUGUAGAUGUGUUUUUUUAAGCACUUAUCAUUUUGACACAUCUAUGUAUGGCUUUUUGGUUUAGAUACAAAUUAGAUUGUGGUUAUGUGAAAGAAAUGCUAUGACUAAAAAUAAAACCCAACUGUCUAUUAGGUUUUUUUUUUAUCAGUUGGAAGCAACUAAGUAACUGUCAUUAUUUCCCUCUUUUCUGUUUAAGAAAAAGUAAUUCUGAGUAAACUUAGUGACUGGUAGAUAGUUUUUUUUAUUUUGCCAAAAUAAAAUAAGAAGUUGGCAAAGUGACAUGAAAACACUUCUAAAAGGUUUUACUGUCAAACAGUUGCAGCCACAUGUAUAUAGGUUAACAGUAGAGCCAGUUGUCAUUAUAGCAGAGCGAUUUUUACCGUGAUGAUUGUAGUUGGUGUUUUAUUGUGUGUAAAAGAAGCUGGACAGGCAUUAUAGUUCCGUACUAAGCUGCUGAAACGGUCUUUGGCUGAGAUGCCCCCAUGUCAUAGUGUUCAAAUCACUGUGAACCUGAAGACUUUCACCUCAAGUCAUUUUAAUUUUGUAUAUUUUUUUUUAGACUUCUGUAGAUAAAAUAGUUGAAAACAUUAUUCUCAGUGAUGUCUUAAAUAUUUGUUAUGAUGCCGUGUUUUAUGUCAAGCUGUUGAAAUGUUUGCUUUUUCCAAAAUACAUUUGACUUUUUUUACUUACCUUAGUUUCGUGGUAUUUCUUGAAAAUCAAAGCUAACAUUAAACAUAUACUGUUUAGCAUUUUACUAAAAAUCAACAUAUAGACACACUAGAAAUGUGGUGGUGUAUUUUUCUUUCCCUCUGCCUCUAUUUUCUUGUUUUCUGUGUUCAGGACGGUUACAGGUGUGUGUGUACCUUCACAGUGCUUGGGUGACAUCAGGGCUUUAUGAAGAGGUAGGAACCAGCCGUAAGCAACAGGCGUCCGAGAGACACUGCCGAAAAAACACACAUAUGGCGAGGUAAAAUCCCAAACGAGAGUGAAUCUGGGGUUGGCUUUAUACUAACACUGGCAAACUUCUGGCAAACUUUACAAACUGUAACCAACAAUCCACAGAUAAUACCCGCUACACCAUCUGAACUCCCCAUGCAAUUCAGUAAAUCAAUAACUCAUAUUCAUGUCUUAUUGAGUGUAUUGCAGAGUCAGAUCUAUUCUUACCUGUUGUCCUGCAGUUAAUGAAACUGCAUAAUUUUAUUUUUGCCACCACAUCAGUGUAGGUGUGAUGCUGUAACUGAAACAAGAGAAGUCGUUUUAAGAAGAGCAGUUCAUUUUGGAAUCUAACCUCAUGUGAAACUUGGAAGUUAGAAAUGACAGUGUGUUUGUCCCCAUCCUGUGGCAGAAUGCUGAGCUGCAAAUUCACUUUUAAAAUGUCAAAAUUGCUGUUGCAGGUGCGGACUGUAGUUCCAGUGACGUGCAAACAACUAUCUUCACACUUAAGAUGUUAAGAUGUGAAAUAAAUAAUAAAUGAUG